CAAGAAAAAGUCCAGCGCGUCCUCGGCGCAAGGCGACACGCCUGCGCCGCCCUCAGGCUCAAGUCUGAUAAUAUGCAGGAACAAGUAAACAUUGGCGUUACAUCUCCUCCUUCCACGGACCAUGGCUACAGCUCCCGCCGGAGAUCUUGGACUCCCUCGCCCAUCAGAACUAUACCAUGCCACCGCCCCGCCUCAUCGACCCGGCCGUGUUCUAUGAUGUCGUCAAGAUCCGCAAAGCUGUCGAUGAGGCGGCGCAAGACUCCGUGCGCGCAAGUACCGGCAUCUCAAACGCGGCCAUGACUGGACGCAUGGACUACUUCGGCGCCGGAGGUGGUCCGGCAAGUCAGUUGAGCAAAGAACGCAUCUUCAAGAUUCGGCAGAAAGCAGUAAAGCUGCUCGCAAAGGCGUAUACACUCGAUGAAGUCGCGGCAAGUGUAGCGACAAUGCAGGCAACGAGCACGGUGGAAGAUGUGGGAUUGCACGUGUUGAAACGCGAACCCGGCAAUGUGGACGCUAAGUACGUCCACUUCUUCCACGAGAAGAUCCCGUCGCGAGCGAUGGAGCAAUACACACCUCUGGAUCCGCUGAACGAAGUCAUCUCGUCGUUGCCGUUGGAACAGCAAGCGCCUCCCCUACGUACUCGCGCGCUAGUGCAGAUUUUCAAGUCGCAAUGGGAAGGUGCCGCUACGGACCUGACCAUGGCAUUGCGCAUAGUCGAGGAGAUCAAGCGCACGCAUAAGCCUGAUCAGCAGCAACUAGAGCUCGCAAGCAAGAUGCGCGAAGAGGCUGAAGCGUGGAAUCGAGGGUUUAGAGAUUGGAGGUCUGUGCCGCAGGUGAAGGAGGAAGAUCAGCCGAAAAGUCUCGAGCAGCAAUUGUACUUCAACCGCGGAGGUGUGUACCUGACGAUGGGUUGCAAAAGCGUGCAUGCCGCUCUAGACGGGUUGGGAGAGUAUCUAGCCAAAGAAGCGGAAGGUGCUGAGAUUACGGCCGCAGAGAUCAAGGCGCAUGCUGUGCGGUUGGAAGCGAGAAAGAGAGUCAAGACGAAUGCCAAGCGCGCAAUGAAGGACUAUGCUGCGUUUCUGGCGCAUUUUGAUUAUACGCCUGGAUUGCCCUACGAGAUAACGAAUGAAAUCAUGCGGAGAGUGUACGACUUGGCGAACGGCAACAAGACGCAAACACCUACGCCAAUGGUCGCGAAGAAUCGCCUGAUCGAGCUUGAUAGUGAAGACAAGGAGAUCAACGGCGAUAGCGACCACCGCAACACGAAUGGCCAUUGUCAUUCCUUGUCCGCGAUCGUCAAGCACGAAAAGCCGAAACCGGACCCUUUCGAGCUCGGCGAAGAUGGCUGGCCUCGCUUUCCGUCUCCGAAGAUCCAUCCAGCAAGCGCUCUUUUCGCCGAGAAGCCCCCUUCUGACCUGCCCCCCUUCCCGAGUGACAAGGUGAACGACAACAUGCACGAAGCCUUCGGUAGCCGUGAAGCAGUAACAUACCAUCCGCUGCUCACUGAUGCCUUGCACAGCUUACUGCUAGCACAUGCGCUCCUCCAGACAAGUCCAACAGAGUUGCUGCGACACGCCCACAACGCAGCCCGCUUAGCGCGCAUUGCCGAUGGCUACCCCAUCUUUCAGGCCGCUCGAAGUCCGGCAAGGGCAGAUUGGAUCGAGGUGUUGCGUCGCGCGAACAACUGGUUGGGUCUUGAGGUGCCGUGGCAGAAACUUUGCGCUCCAGCACCUCUGCCUGACGCAGCGGGUGGAUGGGCCAAGGAGUCUUCGUCUUCCAGCGCCUUAGCCAAGCGCGCUGCGAGAAGGGAGGAGGAGACGCCUGAGCAGAAGAGGGAAAGGAUCAAACAAGAGAGCAUCCUCGAGGCGCUGAGCGACGAUCGAGUGGUGGAUGAGGAGAGCUUCCAGCGGGCGGUUAGGGCGAGGGAGAGGAGGGCCAUGGAUGAUGAGGUUGGGCUUUCGGGGCCGCUUAAAGACAAGCAGGAUGCCCUUCCUGAGCCUGCCGCUGCUCCUACCGUCAAUGGAGGGGAGAAGCCACAGCAACAGCUGCCAAAACGAUGGGCACAAGAAGAGAAUGGCCGCGAAUAUCCGAUUUCUACUGACCGAGCCGAGGCGAUUUCGCGAUGGAUCCGCGAGGCACCGCUGUCGAUGGGUGGUGGGAAGAAGAAGAGGCCGGCCAGGAAGAAGAAGCCUACUGCUGGAACUGGUGCUAAUGGUAUGGCCAAUGGGGCGCAUGCUGCUACGGAAAGGGUUGGGAGCAUGGCUGUUGGUGAUGACGAGGAUGUGCCGGACUGAGCGGCGACGGUAUGCUGUUUGGUAGACGUAGAUGUCAGAGCGCCGAUCGUCGUUAGAUGUAGGAAUGCAGCGCCUACCCGCUUGGAGGCGAGGAUCAUCCUCGUGUGAUCAUCUUGACAUCCUGAGCCACGGUAGAAUUAUGCUUGAGAGUCCGU